AUGGAUUUUGCGCCUCACAACGAAUACCCCGCCGACUCGGCACAGGUCAACGACAAUUAUCAGCACGACGAGUCCACAGCAAUCCCAGCUAUGCCUUCACAUCAAGCCACGGCCACUCCGCCUUUAGAUAAUGACACGAACCAGAGAUACCACUCGCCGAGCCUGUACCCCCAGCCGAAUUCGAGGCCGGGAUCCGGAAUGGGAGGCCAUCAACAAACACAGUACCAAGAAAAUAGACAAUCGCAGUCCUCCAACAAGAGCAGUGUUGUCAUCAAGGUGGGAAUGGUGGGAGAUGCACAAAUAGGCAAGACAAGUCUCAUGGUCAAAUACGUCGAAGGUAGUUGGGAUGAAGAUUACAUCCAAACUCUAGGCGUGAACUUCAUGGAAAAGACAAUCUCAAUACGCAACACCGAAAUCACAUUCUCGAUUUGGGACUUGGGUGGCCAACGUGAAUUCGUCAAUAUGUUACCACUCGUCUGCAACGACGCCGUGGCCAUUUUGUUCAUGUUCGACCUCACCCGCAAAUCAACCCUCAACAGCAUCAAAGAAUGGUACAGGCAGGGAAGGGGUUUCAACAAGACCGCCAUACCGUUCUUGAUCGGCACAAAAUAUGACCAUUUUGUCAAUUUCCCCAGAGAAGACCAGGAAGAGAUAAGCAACCAGGCACGACGGUUCGCCAAAGCCAUGCGCGCGAGUUUGAUCUUCAGCAGCACGAGCCACAGCAUAAACGUGCAGAAAAUCUUUAAGAUCGUACUAUCCAAAGCCUUCGACUUGAAAUGCACGAUCCCGGAGAUCGAGAAUGUCGGCGAACCUCUCCUACUCUAUCAGUCCGUUAAUUAA